AUGGCACGGAGACAGAUAGAAAGACAAAAGAUCAAAAACACAGUUCGCUCUCGCUCUCGCUUUGAAAUGGGACAAUAUAACGACGAUGACGAUGAUGAUGGAAGGGCAGAGAAGGGGUGGAGGAGGAGGAAAAAGGGAGAUGGGGGACGGCUAGGCUCUACGCCUUCGACCACGAUUGGCGCCCUCGGGCCUUUGAGCAAGGACUUCUCUGAGCAGCGGGUCUUCUCUGUCCUUGUCGAUGUGAUGGACUCGGACGUGUCUGUGUACGCGGCAAAACAGAAGCACCUGCCUGAGGCACGGGAGGCGCAGGCGGAAAGUGAUGAACAGGCAUCCACGCUAAGAGCGGGAUCGACAAAGAACAAAGAACCAUAG